ACGCCCCGUGCACGAGGAAAAAAAUGAACUCCAGUAACUUUGAAUAAUAAUAAUAAUAAGGCGGCGGUGUUUAUCCAGAGGAGGGCUGGACGCGCGAGACACACGUUCUGCGCUCAACGCUCUCCGUCCGCGCCUCAAACGCCGCGGGCUCCACCUCAGCGCACCGGCGCCAAGGUCAGCGACGGACGGAGCUGUCACCGCGGCACCGACGGCCCCGAGCCCGGGCCGCGCCGGUCCCGUCCCUCCCGUGACGCGCUCGCCGUGCGCUUUGGACUCCUGGGCUGAGCGGAACGACGGAGCGCCGACUGUCGGAUGGCAGGAAGGAAGUUCAGCUAGAGACGCGAGCGAGAGCGCGAGCGCGAGAGCGACGUUCACCCCGACGCCGAAGUCUGAGCGCCGAGCGGAGCGACACCAUGUUGGGAAACCACGGGACUUAUGCUAGCAAGAAGAGGAAGAAGCCUGUUCUCAAACAGAAGAAGGUCUCAGAUGGCAAUGAGGUUGUUAAAUCCAACCCUUCAAAGCGACACCGGGAUCGGCUGAAUGGGGAGCUGGACCGGCUGACGGACCUGCUGCCGUUCCCCGAGGACAUUCGCACCCGUUUGGACAAAUUGUCUGUCCUUCGCCUCAGUGUGGGCUACCUGAGGGUGAAGAGCUACUUCAGAGCCACCAUGAAGACCAACAGCAACAGUCUGUUCCCAGUGAACGGGCACAACGGGAGCAACAUGAACACAGGCUUCUCUGAAGGGGACUUACUGCUGCAGGCUUUAAACGGAUUUGUGAUCGUGGUCUCGUCGGAGGGGCUGGUGUUUUAUGCCUCCUCCACCAUCAAGGACUACCUGGGCUUCCAUCAGUCGGACGUGGUUCACCAGAGUGUGUUUGAGCUGAUUCAUACUGAUGACCGCGCCACGUUCAGACAGAACCUUCACUUUGCUCUGAACCCUUCACCUGCAGACGAGUCGGACGGUUCUCAGGCUGAUGCUAAUCCAGUGAUGUACAAUCCUGAGCAGCUUCCUCCAGAGAACUCCUCCUUCCUGGAGAGGAACUUUGUGUGUCGCUUCCGCUGCCUCCUCGACAAUUCUUCUGGCUUUCUGGCUCUGAAGUUCAUGGGGCGGCUGAAGUACCUCCAUGGUCAGACUAUGCUGAGGGACAACGGGACGUGUACGAAGUCUCAGCUGGCACUGUUUGCCAUUGCGAUGCCCGUCCAGCCUCCGUCCAUAGUGGAGAUCAGGGCUAAGAUGCUCCUCUUCCAGACCAAGCACAAGCUGGACUUCACUCCCAUGGGAGUUUGUAGCAGGGGAAAGAUUGUUCUGGGCUACUCAGAGGUUGAACUGUGCAUGAAAGGAUCCGGUUACCAGUUCAUCCAUGCUGCCGAUAUGAUGCACUGUGCCGACAACCACCUCCGCAUGAUUAAAACAGGAGAGAGUGGACUGACUGUUUUCAGGCUGCUGAGUAAGUCAGCUGGCUGGGUGUGGGUGCAGGCCAACGCCAAGCUGAUCUACAAAGGAGGGAGGCCAGAAUUCAUCAUUGCAUAUCAGCGAGCUUUAGUUAAUUCUGAGGGGGAGGAAUAUCUGCGUCAGCGAAGGCUGCAGCUUCCCUUCAGCCUCACUACAGGAGAAGCUAUCCUCUACAACACCGGCCCCACAGUGGACAUCAACCAGUUUCAGUUCAACAAAAUGUUUAACAGCAGCAACAAGAACGAGGAUGUGAACCCCGGCUCGUUGCUGGACUGCUUCCUGAGACAGGAUGAAAGUGCCUACACCCCAACGGAGGAGCCCCCGUUACCUGUGGAUCAGGUGUUUAUGGAUAGCAGGGCGCUGGUCAGCGUCCCCAGUGAUGCAUGGAAUGAAAAUGGGACCGCGGCCACAACCAGUGACCCCGUGGUGGUCAAAGAGGAAGCCAAGCAGUCAGUGAUGGCCGUCAUUGACAACUUUGAAAAACUGUCUCAAAAUGGAGACUUUACUGCAGCGCUGCAGGACCUGGAUGUGGAUCAGGCAGAGCUGGCGGAGUGGGAGAAUGCUCUGAAGAAUCUGAGCCAGAAUAAUGAACAGCAGAGCAAUGUCAGGACAGAGCUGGACAGCCUACUCACCAAUGACAUAUUUGACUACAUUGAUGAGGUUUUGUUCAAGGAGAAGGGAGUGGAUGUAGAUCCCAACCCUCCCAGCUGCCUCAUGGCAGUCACCAACAAUCAGCAGGACCCCUUCGCGCAUGUUGGCCCGUUGUUUCAGACACCCAGUGCUGGUUAUGCCUGCUCUCCAGUCAACGGGUUUGGCGCUCACCAGCAAAGCACGAGGAAUGGAUCAGUGAGCGCAGGGCAGAGUUUAGUACCGUCUGCUCAGACGCUCAGCGGCACCCAGAAACUGUCCCACCAGGGGCCUCUGAUUGGCCUGGCUGAUACCACUCUGCCCCGUUUUCAGCAGCUGCAGCUCCAGGAUAUUUUCAGCACGUCGAUGGAGCGCCCCAUCCCCCAAGCCUCCGCUGAUGGAGCUUUAGCCUCGCCUCAGUCCUGUGGACAGGUGUUCAUCAGCCCAAUGGGCUGUCCUCAAGGAAUUCCUGGACAGAUGGAGUCAAACCAACCUCUGCUGUGUCCCCAAAACAAUUUGCAGCUUCCUGCAAUGACAGCGAAUGGACACCUCCUCCAGAGCUCUGUCAAACAGCCAAACAAUGUAGCAUCAGGCAUAAUGGACAUUUUGCCACCCCUUAUUCCUUGUAAUGAUUUUAGUUCUUCCGCCACGCCCAGUCGUCCCAUUCGUUUUGCCACAGCCUCCCUACAUGGAACCCCCCAUAUUGGAACACACGACCAGCAGGUUCAGUCGUGGAACCAGAGCCAACAGCAGAAGCUGCCUCAUUCUGGCCUCACGCACAAUGGACAUGAGCCUACUCCAACGGGCCUCGGCCAAACUUCAGCAAACCAAACAUUCCCACAUGCUGGCCUUUGGCCAAGGAGCGUCACCGGACUGAACCACAUGCAACAGGGAGGCCUGGCAUGUGGCCAGGCGGCUAAUCCCAGCAGCUGCAUGUACGACCAGCACUGUUCUUCUGGCCCCGCAGGCAGCGACUUGCUGGCUCUCCCCGAGUCCUCUCUGGAUCAGAGUGAUCCUCAAGGUUCCUGGUACUUCCAGUGGAGCCACAGUGAGCCAGUGCAGGAUGGGAGAGUCUCCGCUGACCUUAAUGGAGUUUUUGCCCCUCCCCCUCCCGCCCACGAUGGAACCACGUACCUGACGGAGUAGCAGCAACCACAGGAGAAGGACACAACGUAUCAGUGCUUCACCACAGACUUUGAUUCCUAACCUCAUGUUAUGUGUAUUGUACCACUCUGUGUCGUGCAGUCCAUAAUGUUUAAAAGCUGUCUGUUUCUAUUGAAGACACACUAUAAUAGUAGUAAUUAUAAUAGUUAUAAUGAAGUAAUAAGCCACAAGUGCAUUUAUCAGGAUGGAGCUUGAACCAGCUACGAGAGUCGGUCAAGUGAAUCCAAAAAGCCAAAGAUUUAAUAAGGGAAACCAGACGUCAUCGUGUCCCCGUUCUCAGCCAGAGAUAAUCAUUUGAAUACACAACAUACUACAAACUGAGCGUGAUGGUUUAGUAUGAGCCCACUCAUGGUGAAAGGGGUCGCUCGAAGCGAUACCAGCCUACAAACCAGCGCUGUGCCCUCAGCCUACGCAUGAAAUUAAACCCUAGAAGCGGUUGACGUGUAUGUACGUGUAUAAAACUAAUGUGUAAAUGUUUCUUUAUAGUCACAUUUUAUCUGCUUUUGCUCACAAAGCUGUCAAACAGUACUUGCAGAGCGCAGCAGUGCACCUUACGUGCCUAUCCGUGUUUAAAUGUGCUUCUAUGGACGCGUAGGGAAACUACGAUCACACCAACAGGUAACAUGAAGUCGGCCGAGGAAGCAGAGAGCGUGAGAACGGUUGAGGUAACGCGACGUGCGUCUGCUUGGUUCAACGGAUCGUAGGGUUGACGUUCAUCCAACUACCUGACAUGGGCCUCGUGUCUGCUGUUGGAAUGCAGAUGUGGACAGAUGCACUAAACUCAGAAGAUCCUUCAUACUUGCUGCAUGUUUCCGCUAAACCUAGCGUCUGUAGAGCCUCCGUCACAGAGAUACAUUUCUGCUUCUCUUCUACGUCUGUGGUUGCUCUAAACCACACUGAGCCAUAUAUGAUAUAACCCUCCUCGUCUCGUGCCUUCUGGCUGAAUAGGCAGCUCAACAGUAUCUGUGUAAAAAUGAACGUGCCUUUUAUGCAUAAAGCAUCUUAGGCUCAUAACGUGUUGCUAUUUUGCCUUUUUUUUAAAGCACCGCUAUUAAGAGCCGUGCACAUGGACAGUCCAGCAUCCAGAGGAGAGACCGUGAUGAGUCCAUUCUCCAUCGUACAGCAGUGAAACAAGGGAAACACUUCAGCUGUGACUGAUCUGUACAGAGAUGCUUGAAUAUGUAUUGAAUGGAGUAUGUGUCCGUGUUCAGGCCGUGUCCACUUUGCUGUUUCUGUUCCCCGUCGGCGCUUUCGUCUCCAGUUGUCGUAUCCACACACUACAUGGUUAACAGCUAGCAUUACCGUGGCAGCUCUGUCCUCGCGCCACCUGCACUCUGGGAACUCGCUCAGUAUUUUACCUUUGCCUAAUAAUCCGUCAUGUAGCUUCGGACGUGUUUUGUACCUGCUUGUAGCGCUUAGCGGAGACGGCUUUGGAUGGUGGCUGCAGCCACAGAAACACCUGGAGCCAAAUGUUGUUUCAACGCCAGCUUGUGCCUUAACAGUUGACAUAUUUCUGUUAAUUGUAAAAAAUAACUUCAGUGUAAUCCACUUUUAUUUAGCUACUACUGUAUAAAUAUACCAGAAUAUACGUUAAACAAAUAUCCAGCUUUGUUUACUGUUAAGUGCUUUUUCAUAAAUACAGUAUAUGCGUGCAAUGAU